AGGCGGGGAGCGGGCGCUGGACCUGGCGCCUUGUCGACUUUCGGCCGCCCCCUCCUCGGGGAGCGGCGGGAAGCCGGCACUUGGGCGUGGGGAGCCCCCCCGCGCCUCCCGGCUCGCUGGCCCAUUCCCUCUCCCACCUCCGGAGGAAACUUCCUUCCUCGCCAGAGAGGGAGGGAAGUUUGGGGUGUUUCCCUGACGCUGAGUCCGUCCCUGGGAAGGGCUUCUGCCCUGCCCUGGUAGAGCCUCUGCGCUGGGGCCAGCCCUUACCCCGCACAGCGCGGGGCCGGGAGGGCGAAGGCGCUUUCUGAGCUUUUUAAUCUUAUUAUCAUGAUUAUUGUUGAGUUCCCUGCCCCCGUCCGCCGCGGCCGUCCCUCGGGAGCGCCAGGCCCUUCGGGCAGCGGUGGGCCCGCCGCGGCCGCCGGCGGAGGAGCGGCAGCGGGGCACGGCGCAGGUGGCAGGCGCUGCAGGAAGUACUGACAUAACCAUGAUAGAAGACAAAGGUCCACGGGUGGCUGACUACUUUGUAGUGGCAGGGCUCACUGAUACAGAUACUGCAACUCUUCUGGACCAAGAAAUAAGCAGACAUGAAACAACGUCAACUGGUCCAAAGGCUCCAAUUACUGACAUUGCUGUGAUAAUUAAAUCAGCUGGUGAAACUGUCCCAGAGGGAUACACCUGUGUUGAAGCCACCCCUACAGCCCUUCAAGCCAACUUAAACUAUGGAAGUCUAAAGAGUCCUGAACUUUUUCUUUGCUACAAGAGAGGCCGGGACAAACCACCUCUUACUGACAUUGGAGUUCUAUAUGAAGGGAAGGAGCGCAUCAUUUCAGGCUGCGAGGUGAUUCAAGCUACUCCUUAUGGUCGUUGUGCUAAUGUUAACAACAGUUCAGCUUCUUCUCAACGAAUCUUUAUCACAUAUCGAAGGGCUUCUCCAAUACGACCUCAAAAUUCAUUGGCAGUGACGGAUAUCUGCGUAAUUGUUACCAGCAAAGGAGAAACCCCUCCUCAUACUUUCUGCAAAGUUGAUAAGAAUUUAAAUUGUGGUAUGUGGGGUUCCAGCGUAUACCUUUGUUACAAGAAGUCUGUGCCAGCUUCUAACUCUUUAGCAUAUAAAGCUGGCUUGAUUUUCAGAUAUCCUCAAGAGGACUAUGAGUCAUUCCCGCUGUCGGAAUCUGUACCACUCUUCUGCCUUCCAAUGGGGGCUACUAUAGAGUGCUGGGACCCUCAAACCAAAUAUCCACUACCAGUGUUCUCAACAUUUGUACUGACCUGCUCCUCUGCAGAAAAGGUUUAUGGUGCUGCAAUUCAGUUUUAUGAGCCUUAUCCGCGGGAGCUGCUAACAGAAAAACAACAAUUGCAGCUGGGUCUCCUGACAGCUGUGGAGAGGAAAGCAGUUACUUCCAAGUCCAUCAAUUCCAACAAAUGCAUCUGCCUUCUCUCACACUGGCCUUUCUUUGAAGCCUUUCGAAAAUUUCUUAUGUUCAUCUACAAACUGUCUGUCUCUGGACCUCAUCCUCUUCCCAUUGAAAAGCACAUAUCCCAUUUUAUGCACAAUAUACCUUUUCCUUCACCACAAAGGCCAAGAAUUCUUGUGCAGCUUUCUGCCCAUGAUGCAUUAAUACUGUCUCAGCCAGUUUCUACACCAUUGCCAUUAAGUGGAGCAAACUUUAGCACUCUGCUCAUGAAUCUUGGACCGGAAAACUGUGCCACUCUGUUACUCUUUGUAUUACUAGAAGGCAAGAUCCUCCUCCAUUCUCUUAGACCAGCUGUGUUGACAGGAGUUGCUGAAGCUGUGGUAGCUAUGAUAUUUCCAUUUCAGUGGCAAUGUCCAUAUAUCCCUCUCUGUCCUUUGUCUCUGGCCACCGUACUCAGUGCACCUGUUCCAUUUAUUGUUGGAGUUGAUUCACGAUACUUUGAUCUGUACGAUCCACCACAGGAUAUUGUGUGCAUUGAUUUAGACACAAACAUGGUGUACAUAUCAGACGAUAAGAAGAGCACCAACUGGAAGCAGUUUCCUAAGAAGCCCUGUAAAAGUCUGCUCAGCACCUUAAAGAAACUGCACCCACAGCUUGCGGCAGUUCACAGGAAGACUCAAGAAGGCUCUGCAGUGGAGAUGACUCCUAUUGAAGCAGAUUUCUCAUGGCAGAAAAAGAUGAUAGAACUUGAGAUGGAGAUCCAGGAAGCUUUUCUCCGUUUCAUGGCAUCUAUUUUAAAGGGUUACAGAACAUUCCUCAAGCCAAUCACGCAGGCACCUUCAAAUAAAGCAACUGCUGCUGACUCUUUGUUUGAUCAUCAAGGAUUUUUAAAAAGCAGAGACCGUGCCUAUACAAAGUUCUACAUGCAUCUCACCAAAACACAGAUAUUCAGCCGCUUUAUUGAAGAGUGCAGUUUUGUGAGUGACAAGGAUACUGGCUUGGCGUUUUUUGAUGACUGCAUAGAAAAGCUUUUUCCAGAUAAAGGAACAGAAAAAGGAGAGAAGGUUGAUGUAGAUUCUGUGGAAGAUACACGGUUGAUUGAGCUUGACGAGUCACAAAAAAGUGAACACACAGUGUUCAUAAUGCCACCAGAACCUCCUGCUGAUGAUGGACAGGACCGAGUGCCAAAAUACAGCUAUAAAAACUUUCCACGACUAGAUUUCAAGCUCUUUGACAGGCCACAGGAGCUCAAGCUCUCCUUCAGCAGACACCCAGCUGGAAGCAGCAUUUCAAAUAGUCCGGCACUCAUGGCAAAGAGGACAAAACAGGAGAUAAAAACAGCUCAUAAAUUAGCAAAGAAGUACUACGUAAGCCCUCCACAGUGGGCUAAGUGUCUCUUCAGUCACAGUUACAGCCUAUGGUUUAUUUGUCUGCCAGCCUACAUCAGAGUUGCACAUCCCAAGGUCAAAGCACUGCAGCAGGCAUAUGAUGUUCUAAUUAAAAUGAGGAAAACGGAUGUGGAACCACUGGAUGAGGUCUGCUACAGAGUUGUAAUGCAGCUCUGUGGACUGUGGGGUCAGCCUGUUCAGGCUGUGAGAGUCCUCUUUGAAAUGAAAAAUGCUGGAAUACAGCCAAAUGCCAUCACCUACGGCUAUUACAAUAAGGCAGUUUUAGAGUCUCCCUGGCCUAGCAGUAACCGCAGUGGUGUAUUCCUGUGGACAAAGGUACGAAAUGUAAUUCAUGGCACAGCACAAUUUAGGCAGUGCUUAAAGAAAUCAACGCAGAGCCCACGAGUACCUGUGACAUCAGCUCUGCGGAGUACCACGGGUGGAAGUGAUGGGGACAUGGUGAGCCAUGGUAGCGUGGAUAGUUCUAAUGAUGCUAACAGUGGGGAGCACACUCUCUUCGUCAGUGACUUAGUCAGGCUUGAUUCCAUUGAUAAUCACUCUAGCACAGGUGGUCAGUCAGACCAGGGCUAUGGAUCCAAGGAUGAACUUCUAAGAGAUGAUGGUGAUAGUCUUCAUGCAACUGAAACACAAGUAGAGAAGAAUAUUUCUUCUAAAGCUGAAAAGCUAAUAGGAGAGGUUGGUACUGAGAAAUCUGAUGAAAAACAACAGCUGAAUAUAGAAACCCGUAAUCCAACAGACGUGCCUGCUGGAGGUAACAGUAUUGUGAAAGUUCCAUCUGGCAUUUUUGAUAGCAGUGGAAGGAAGAGCAGUGGUGAAACUGGUUCUAGCCCACUAUUCGUUACUGAGGAUUCAGUUGAAGAUGUAGUCUUUGGUGAUGUUUCUUUUAAGAAAUCGAGUGAAAAAAGACAGAAGAGGCAGAAACUGUUUUCAGAGAGAAGCUGCAGUUUCAGCAGUGAAAGCAGAGCUGGAAUGCUGCUGAAAAAAGGCAGCUUGGACUUGAAUUCUAAAGAAAUAGCAAUAAUGAUGGGAGCAGAUGCCAAGAUCCUCACAGCAGCUCUAUCUGGGGCCAAAACUUCACCCUGUCAUAUGAAUAAAUCCCACAGCUUUGAAAGUGUUGUUGACCAGCAGAUUUCUGGAAUAAGUGGCACCUGGGGUUGUGUGACUGAGAGUGACUGGGAAAUGGAGCAUAGGUCUUCACCAGUGCUGGAAGAACCUGGGGAAGGGCAGGAGCAUCUUGAGAAUGGAAGAGAUGAAAACAUGACCACAGUGGAAGACAUGAACCUGGAACAGUCAGCUGAGUCCAAAAAUGAGAAAGCAGAAUCCAAAGAUGCAACUACUAAAAGGAAUAGCUUUUAUGGAGUGGUUAAGCCUGUUGAAAGGGAAGAUGUUGAAGUAGGCUUGGACCCUUUAUCUUUGCUGGCUACUGACAACACACAACCAAGGCAUCCAGAACCUGAGGAAAAGUUGGUGUCACCAGUUGCAGCACGUAAUUUGGCAGAUGAAAUAGAGAGCUAUAUGAAUCUGAAGAACCCAUUGGGCAGUAAGUUUCCCAGCAUGGAACUUCACAAACCAGACAGGGAAGCAGAAGCCUCUGGUACACUUGGUCACUCCCAAGAAAGGAGGUCGAGCCUGCCUUUGGAUCCUGGCCUGCCAUCCCCCAAGUCUUACGAAAAUCGGAGAAGUCCUGUCUCCAGAUCCAAAACAUUCACUGGACGACCAAAGCAACAAACCCAUCCUCAAGUUCAAAAGGAACGAUCUUCAUCUUUGACAGGACUGGGUCGUUCUCCACAUGGCUCAUUAGGAUCUGUUGUAACAACUUUAUCAAAUCUGAAGUUAGACAAUAUACUGUCUGGACCAAAAAUGGAUGUUCUGAAAUCAGGCAUGAAGCAGGCCGCCAAUGUGGCCAGUAAGAUGUGGGGAGUUGUUACUUCAGCAUAUAGUUACUCAGAUGAUGAGGAAGAGAACAAUCAACCAGACUUUAAUUUCCCUGCUGGUUUUGAAGAUAAUAUUUUAGGUGAUAAUCUGUCAUCAAGAACUGGAGUCCCAGGGCUGAUUACGAAUGAGCUUGCACAAAGCACUACAAGUCUUGGCAGUAGCAGUAGCAGUGGAGAUGCAGGAAGACAGCAUUACAGUGCAGGUGAAGUUUCAUUCCCAAGAAGUAUGAAAGUUCUAGAUUCUGAGAAGUCAGAGCACAGCUCUUCACAUAAUACUAGUUUAUCCAGCAUUUUCCAGAACUAUGCAAUGGAGGUAUUGAUGUCAAGCUGCUCUCAAUGUAGAGCUUGUGGUGCUUUGGUUUACGAUGAAGAAAUCAUGGCUGGAUGGACAGCAGAUGAUUCAAACUUGAACACUACUUGUCCUUUCUGUAAAAGUACCUUCCUACCUUUACUUAAUGUUGAAUUUAAGGACCUACGUGGCACUGCAAGCUUUUUCCUGAAGCAAAGUACCUCAGGAGAUAGUUUACAGAGUGGUACCCUUCCAUUAACCACUGAUCCCCUGGAGCAGAAGUUGUCCAGUCCAGCUGUUGCUGACUUGAUCAGUUUUUCAGAACACCCACAAUCCAGCCACACCAUAGCUGAAGAAACUAGCUCUGCAGCUGAGCAGAGUGAUGUGACAGAAGAACAGAGUAAAGAUCCCACAACCUUGAAGACAUCUGCCAAUAAUCCACCAAAAAGGGGAGUGUCCUUGACUCGGAGCCACAGCGUUGGAGGUCCACUGCAAAACAUUGAUCUUUCCCAGAGACCGUCUCAUGGCAUUUCAACAGUUAGCCUUCCAAAUAGUUUGCAAGAAGUUGUGGAUCCUUUAAUAAAAAGACCUAACCCUCUUCCUGUAUCUGUGCCCUACUUGAGUCCUUUGGUACUGCAUAAAGAGCUUGAAUCACUGUUGGAAAAUGAGGGAGAGCAAGUAAUUCAUACAUCCAAAUUCAUCAAUCAACACCCCAUAAUUUUCUGGAACCUAGUUUGGUAUUUCCGGCGGUUGGAUCUACCUAGCAACUUACCUGGACUCAUUCUAACAUCCGAACACUGUAAUGAUGGAGUGCAGCUUCCUUUGACAUCUCUUGCUCAAGAUAGCAAGCUAGUAUACAUCCAUCUUCUGUGGGACAAUAUCAACCUCCACCAAGAGCCAGGGCAGCCCCUGUAUAUAUCUUGGAGAAAUCUCAAUUCUUCUGAAAAGAGACCCUCCACAAUGGCAGAAGAUCAGCUGGCAACAAACACUUUGUUGGAGAACAUCAAACUAAGUAUUCAACACAAUGACAUUGUUAAACCAAUCAACCUCCUCCUACAGAAAGUUAAGCCAGAUGUGAAACGACAGAGGAGUUUUUACAGAGAAAUUCUUUUCCUGUCUCUGGUGUCUCUUGGAAGAGAGAACAUUGACAUUGAGGUCUUUGAUAGUGAAUACAGACUUGCACAUAAAAAUCUACCAAAGGAUGUUCUUGAAAAGAUGCAGAAAAUAGAUGCUCCACCAAGCAGCAGGGUUGAGUGUUGUAGGAAGUGCUUUGGAGCACCUUUGAUAUAAAAAUGAGGAAGACACAUGCUAUACUUCAGUGAGACAGAAGUAGAGGUGAACAAACCAGGAGCAUGGUGAUAUACACUUUGAAUCCCAAAAGGUGAUAAUUGAGCAAUUUGACAAAGCAAUUUCAUUAAGCUACAACAUACAUUCUUGUCUUUCAUCUCAUGAGACACAGUGUGAAAUACAUUAAAGUGAUUACAGACUGCAUUAAUAGGGUGAAUUGGUUUCAGUGAUUGACCUGCUUUUUUUCCCCCUGUAUAUACUUCUCCUUUUCCUCCCUCAAAUCUUUUCCCCCAUGAUACCAAGUUGUUCAAAAGGGUGAUAAUUAACCAGCAGCCUAUAGUUGGUGACUUUCUUAAGGGCCAGCAAUAUUUGUGUAUUCCAAUGAAAUACCUUUGUUGCAGCAGAAUACUUAAGUCUUGUAUGUAAAUAUUUGAGUCCUGGGAUUGGAAGUUGCAAUGCAUUUGCUUUUGUCAGAUUAUAGCACCUAAAAUUGCUACCCUUCUCCUGACCCUUGCCCAAUCAGUGUUCUAAAUUAUCUUUGAUUGAUCUUUUCAUAAUGUAUGUCUAUAGUUGUAAAAAACAGAAGCUUACACUCAGUUUUCCUGUAUUCUCAAUAUCACAAAUUCAGGAUCUUAUGAACAUACUGCUGGUUUCUCCAGAAGAAUGAUAGCAUUCUACACUAAGAGCUCAGAAAUAGGUGGUGGUCUAAAAAUUAGAUGGGAAACUUAUAUGGCAUUAGGAUACAUACAAGGUUUGUUAAACAGAUACUGUGUGGGAAAAAAAAUGCUUUAUAUUGUAUACAUGUAUGCUUAAAAAGUGUCUUUUCCUGGAAUUCUUUAUCAUCCUGUCCAUGGUUUCAUGCUAGCCUGUGGGUUAGUUAUUUUGCACUGAUAGUCCAAAUUCAAUAUUUCAAUUUAAAUAUAUUUUAAAAUGUGGUCUUCAAGGUGUAUAUUAUCACAAACAAAGUGCUUGAGUGUAUGCAUGAAAAAAUGAAUCUAACUUUUUGAUUGCUUCUAGUAGGUAAGACAAUUUGUCACCUCACAUACGUAAUUGACUACAGUAGUUGUAGUCUUGACCAGAAGAGCCUGUAUACCGUUCAACAGUUUAAAUGUUUCUGUUACUUGAGGAAUAUCGUAAGAUUUAUUCCAGGUUUUUUUCUGAAAUUUAAUGGUGUAGCUUUUCUGAUGGAAUUAUUCCUAGGAAAAAAAACCACCUCUAAGAUCUAUAUCAUGUUAAAGGAGCAUAGCUAAAACUAUAAUCACAUCUUAAGUAUGAAUGUAUUUACUUCAUGCUACUCUCUUUCUUAAAAAUUUUCAUUCUUGAAAAUGAUGAGGGAUGAAGAUCUGUCUGGAACAGCUUUUACAUGAAAAAAGAAAACCCAAGUUUUGUUUUUUUCAUGAGGCUAAAACAUAGGAUUUGCACUAUUUGUGACAAAAUACAUUUGCAUCCUAGACUGAUUCCUUGUAUUUUGUCUAAAAGUGCUGAUUCUAAGUAAAUAUGGGGAUAUUGUCUGGACAGAUUCUCUCCUGAUGAAAAUACUGUGCUUUCUCAACAAUUAAAAGCAGGAGAGCACACACUGUCUUUUUUUUUCAUUCUUUAUUAUUUGGGUUUAUGCAUGUUUGCUUGCAGAUACCUAACCUACAUCACAAUGAAGGGUGGAGCCUGAUUCUUUGUAUUUUCCUCUCUUCUUCUAUUACAUAGUUGACAUGUGCGGUUCCAUCCUUUUAAAGUAAAAAUCUGCCUGAAGCAUUCGUCCAAACAAAUUGAUAGUUCUACAAAUCAAAAUGGCAAAUUUUCCUGUAUAAUUUUAUACUGAUCUUAAACAUACAGCUAUACAAAGAUAAUUUUUGAGUGUUAAAUGGACAAACCAUAUGAUUAUGUGAUGCAACUUGCAAGGAAUCAAGUUUUCGUUACCCUUAAAUUCUCCCAGCCCAUUAAAUUACAAAGAAAAUCUGUUUGGUGAGUGCUGUUUUAGGUAAUUGGUGACAUCCAGUUGUAAAUUGGUGACAUCCAAAUGACAAACCAUUGUAAAUAAUACUACUAUAAAAUAAAUUCUGUAAGCAGUUUACCUUCUUUCAAAACAAACUUCUCAUCUGUUGUUGAAAAUCCAGAUUCAUUUGCUGUAGAAACAGCAAAGCAGAUUGUGUCACAGCAUCUAGUGCUAAAUAUUAGACUUUCCCUGGGUAUAUAUACACUAAACAAAAAAAAGAAAACCUAAAGCCUGAGGAGAAGAGCACAGCUGCAGGACUGAACUUGCUUUGGUUUGCUGCUGCAUAUUGGCAUUUCUGUACACUACAAAUCAACUUCUGUUCCUGCCUUCCUGUGGUAGAAGUCCUGCAUGUGACUACUUGAAAUCUUGCAUCAGCCUAUUGAUACUAAUUCUUUAAUGCAGAGUGACAAAAGUAAGCACUUGCUUUUUUUAAUUUGGAUUUUUUAAUGCCUAGUUUUUAAUAGUUAACUUAUCAUCUGGUUCUUGAGUGAAGUCCAUAGUUCAAAUGAAAAGUCAGAUCUGUGAAAGCAAUUUGUUUAUUAAGUUUUCAUCUAAGGAGGUGCUUUUUUUUUUUUUUUUUUUUUUUUUUGUAGGAAAAAAGAUCACAAAAAUUUGAAAGGAAUUAAGAACUGAGUGGGUUUUUCCUAGCUGCUUUCUCUCCUUUCAAAUGCAUGAUGGCACUGCCUGUUCUUCCAUUGACUUUCAGGUCUCCUCCUACAAAAAGGUAGAGACUGCAGUUCUUCCUACACAAACUUUCUGAGAUGCAGGCUUCCCUAAUCUGAACACUGAAAGAACUGUGAGCAUGCGUAAGAAAAGGGCAUGGCAUAAAAUAGCAUAGCAUGGUUCGGUAUUUGUAUGGUUGAAAAUUUGGCCAAAAAUAAACAGCGAAAGGACUUCAAAAGUUUUUUGUGAGUGCAUUGUGAACACUUUUGUCUUUCUGAAAAUUGGGUGCUAAAGGCAUAGUUCUUCUCUGCAGGUCAGUAACAGCAUGAACUUCUUGGGCUACUUAGGAGUGUGUUAGUCACCUACAAAUGUGUCUUAGUGUGUUUGACACCCCACUCCUAGUAAUCCAAAUUUAUCUGAAUCCAUAAUGCAUGAAUGAGCUUGAUGAAGUGUUGCGAAGGAGGGGUGUCAAUAAGCUUGAUCUUGGUUCUGUUUUCCUCUCCAUGUAAGCAGAAAAAGUAGCAUUUUGCUCACUUGCAAAACUCUUGCCUCCAAAUACUCUGUCUAGUAACUCAACAGCCAGUGUUCAGGAGGAGAUGGCUCUUCUCUGUGUGUUUGGAAUUCUCAUGUAUAAACGUGAAGAAAAUGCUUGCAGAUCAGUGUUAAUUUCAAAACCUGCAAUGCAUGCACAAAGUGAGGGUGUAAAGCAAACUGAUUGUAUACGUGGAUGCAAACCGUUAAUGAAUUUCAGGUAAGCCCAAGAACUUAGAAAGUUUGUGCAGGAAGAACAGUUAUCACAGAGAAGCUUCCUUGCACCGUUGCCCCAAGGAUGUUGAACUGCAGUAAGUUAUGGUGAGAAGAUACCAUUCUGCACCUUUCACCCAGCUGUAAAGCAGUUACAUAUAGCUUGUGUGUUCAUAUCAAAAUAGCUAUUUUUUUGUAGAAUUGAAACAACAAAUAGUGUCUUAAAAGUUUAGAAUCAGGAUUCUUAAGUGACAAAGUUUUUCUUUGUGAAUUAUAAAUAUAUUCUGUCACAUUACCAAGACGUAAGAACUUUCAAAGCCCCAUAGGUAUAGAGACUGCAGUAUCGGCACAGUAAUAGGUACCAGCUUUUACAUGUUACUAGAAGCAUCUAUACGUUAUGUUACUUAUAGUCGUGUCUUCACAUUUUGUAUAACUCGAGUUUAGACAAUACAAUUUUAAUGGAAAAUAAUUUAGUAUAUGUGUUCCAAACUACAUUCAUUUGUUUUGCUAGUAACUUAGUCUUGUUCCUAGUGGAAUUUCACAAUGGUUAAGCUCAAGCUACAUUGCACUUGUGAAUGAGUAAUUUUAUUCCAUUUUAACUGUGAAUUAAUGGCUUUUUAUAUUGCUGCAGCUAGAAGAAUAUACCAUUCAUUGAGUUUACUGCUUUCCUUGAAUAACUGCAACAUAGGGGAUAUUUUAAAAAUGUAUAUUACAUUAGAUCAUUGAAAUUAUAUUUUUAAAACAAAUUGUUAAAAUGUAAGUAACUGAAGAAUCCACUUAGUCAUUUUCUCUUUUUGAAACUCUUUAUUCAACAAUUAUUUCAACGCAGUUAACAAUAUUCCAUUAAAUAUAUAAAUGGUAAGCAGGUCAUUUAAAUGGUAAGCAGGUCAUUACAUUCAUAUAACUGUACAUUUCCAACAAAGGGGUUUUUUUCUUUUAACUAAUAAAAAUCUUAAAAUGCCUUCUGUAUAUCAGCUUCUCAUUAUGGAACUUUUUAAAAAACAAACACACAACCUUGUAACUUUUAAGUCUUGAAACUGAAUGGUUGAAUUGGACUCUAGUUCUGUAUCCUACAGUGCUGUAUAUUGUGAUGCAUACAAGGAGAGAAAUGGAUGGGGUUCUUAUUUGUUCUUUCAGUCUGCAUCAAUCAAUGGUGCAAAUAAAAGGGAUUGUUUGCUGUUUUUUAGAAGCACAUUAAACUUCUAGGAGUUUAAAAUAAACUAUUGUAAUGAGGAUGGAAAGGAUGUAGUGUGAAUAAAUAAUGAAUUUAUUAAGUGAGUUGGGAAGCUUUCUUUAAUGCAAUAAAAUUUGCACUGGCUUAGAGACGGAUUUGAACUGUUGAAGAAUGGCAUCCAUUUACUGUGCUUUGAUUAACAAGUGUUUCUCUGUAACGCUUUUGUACAUUUGACAAAUAUUUCUUGAGUUUAAAAGGGCACUCUGCAUAUUCUGAAUUCUGUAUAGACAUCCUAGUCUAAGAAACAAUUUUUAAUGUAUUUCCCGAAUAAAGUAUGUAUGCAUCCUGUGUAAAAAA